AUGGCCGCCAGCGACGUCCUGGUGGCUCUGGCCCGCUCCCACUUCGACAGCGUCAUGUACGAGCUGCAGUGCCGCCUGAGGGCCCUGGGAGAGAUCUCCGAGGACCUCGUGUUCAUCACCUUGGGCAAGCUGGCCAGCAGCUACGCCCUGCGGUGCGUCCCCUUCGUGGGCAUGACGCUCUUCGCCCUGCGCACGAUGCUGAGCCAGGUGGGGAGCAGCCGGACCCUGCGCGCCGUCUGCAGCGUCCUGGAGCAGUGGUCGAAGGCCGUGAACACCUACCUGGGCGCCUGGGAGCAAUGCAGCUUCCCGCGCAUGGGGCAGGCCCAGUUCUGCAGCAGCGUUUCCCCGGUCUUUUGCCACGUGGUGGGGAGCUGGCUGGGCUGCGAGGAGGAGGAGGCCAAGCAGGCCGUCCUGGGGGCGAUGGCUGCCAUGAUGGGCCUCCUUGUGCGUGAGCAAGAGCACCGCGAGCGCGUGUGGGAGCAGCUCCCCUGGCUCCUGGGCCAGUAUCAGCAGGUCCAGGACACUUUCCGGGUGACCAAGGCUCUGAGUUAUUUCCUGGAGAUUUUGGGGGAAGUGCAGAUCCCCAUCCCCCAGGACGAGGUCCAGGCCGUCGGCACCGCUGUGCACCACCAGCUCAGUGAUGGGAGCAAGCAGCACAGCGGGGAGCACCGGUCGGAGCUGUCCUCCUGCGUCCUGCUGCUGGCCCGAGUUUGCCCUGAGGACACGGUGGCCUUUCUGCGCUUGCAGCUGGGGAGUGGGAGCGAGGCCGCUCACGUGGCGAGGGCAGUUCUGCGCUUCACCAAGGAGCUGCUCAGCUGCAGCGUCCAGAGCUGCUCGGCCUGGGAUCUGGUGGCCCACGUCUUCGCCACGUUCAGCCAGGCCUCCGGCAGACUGGCGCAGGGAAAGCUGUCUCAAGCAGAAGCGCAGGAAGCAGCAGAUCUUCAAGCCCUGUGCUUGGACAUCCUGCGCUCCCUGGAUGUCUCCGUCCGGGGGAUGACCAAACUCCUGUGGCCGCGGCUCCUGCAGUACGUGGUGCCAGCCCAGUACACGGGCACAUUGGUGCCGCUCUGCCGGUGCCUGCGAGAGCUGGCCGAGAGCCGGGGGAGAGCAGGGGGCGAGGACGGAGAGGAGGAGCCCGAUGUCGUGGCCUCCCGGGAGCGAGCCAAGCUGCCGAGGCCGCAGGCCCUGCUGGCUCGCCUGCUGGUGGUUGCGGCGGCUCCUCACGCCGGCGGCGGCUGCGGCGUCGCUGCCCUGCGGCUGCUGCAGGCCCUGUCCGCAGAGAUCCACGGCGCCGUGGGGAUGGUGUGGGCCGUGAAGAUCCCCUUCCUGCUGCAGUGCCUGGAAGGGCAAAGCGAGAGCUGCCUGGACUCUGCCGAGUGGGAGCAGCUCCUGCUUAAGUUCCUGAGGACGUCGCUGGAGACGAUCGAGAGCCAGGCCUGGACCAUGGGCCUGAGCUUUGAGCUCAGCCAGCAGACGGGCAGCUACCCCCGGCUGUCCCGGAAGCAGGCCUUCCUGUAUAAAGCUGUCGGGGUGUCCCUGGCAGCGUGUCAGCAUGUCCCCUAUGUCCGCGGGGAAAUGAAGAAGUAUCUCUCAAGGACAAAUUACUUGGAGGCGUCUGAGAGAGAGGCAAUGAUUUCUGUUUUGGGCGGCUCUGCCGAGAGCCACUUCCACCUUGCCUUGGAGGUGGUGCAGGAGUUUGGGGCGUCCAUGGAGGAAAGACCAGUGUCUGGGGCUUUCAAACGCCUGAAGGAAUACCACCAGGGGAAGAGAGCGGGGAGGCACAUGGCCCUCGUGCUGGCCUACGGCCAGAUCGCGCUCUGCGCCCCCCCGGAGCAGCUCCUGGCCCGCGUGGAGAGCGACGUCGUGGGGCGCAUCCUGCAGCACUACCGCGCCAGCUGCCAGGUGCUGGGCUUCUCCUUCUCCACCAAGGUAAGUCCUGCCCCCCGGGGCCUUGCUCGCUGCCCUUCCCGCACCCCUUUCCCAUCGCAGGCGUGCCGGACUCGCCCUCCCGCUCCCCGGGCCGGGGGCCGGGGGUCUCCUUGCGGUGGGUAG